AUGACCCGGAUAGUUCUUUUGCGAAUUAAUGACACGGGCGAGCCCGUGUUCGAGAACAGCCGUGGAGUUCUGACUUUUCCUACUUGCUCCAAAGAGGAAAGUCCCCUCUUCACUCUGAGGUUCUACAUUGUUGCAGGCUCUCAAAUCACAAACAAGGGCACCAUCUGGACAGAUGUCCCCAAAAUGCAAAGCGACCCGUACAGAAGAGACAGGUACAACAAGCACCCAAUUGCGUCCAGUCUGUUCAAGGACAUCACCGUUGACGUGCCGAUCUACCGCCCGGGCUCCUACUGCUACUAUAUAGGAUACCAUACUCUGAAGGAGGGCGAUGAGGAAGAGUUUGUGACGACGCGCAAAUUUUACUUUGUUGUGCCGCCCUCGCUGUUUGUCCAGGGACAGUAUUUGCCUCUCAAUGCCAUCAGCAUGCAAUCCGUGGUUUCCAAAUGGAUGGGUGCCAACCAUUUUGACUGGGAUCCUGUGUUUGCCGAGAUCUCCCGCAAGGGAUACAACAUGAUCCACUUCACGCCGCUGCAGACCCGCGGCGAGUCCAAUUCGCCGUACUCUAUCUACGACCAGCUUGAAUUUGACCGCACGGCCUUCGCCAACGGCAAAACGGACGUGAAGAACAUGGUUGCCCGACUAGAAAAAGAGCACGGCAUUCUGUCAAUGACAGAUGUCGUCUUCAAUCACACAGCCAACAACAGCACCUGGAUCAGGGAAAACCCAGACGUCGGAUACAACCAGGAAACCGCCCCUCACCUGAUUCCUGCCAUUGAACUGGACAGGUUGCUUUUGGAGUUCAGCAGAACGAUGGAACGUCACGGUUACCCCACUAAUAUCCGGAACGUCGAGGACCUUCUCAAGGUCAUGGACGGAAUAAAGAUCCACGUUCUGGGUGAGCUCAAACUAUGGGAGUUCUAUGUUGUAGACGUUUCUGACCAUCUCCUUGAGCUGGAGUCGCAGUGGGAUAUUUCCACCGGGACCUGCUCCUUUGACAUUUCCAAAGAUGCCAGUCUUCCCGAUCUGGCUCGUUUUGUUGCCUCAAGAGCAUGUGUCAAACCUUUCGGGCUUGGCCCUAGAUUCGGCAACCGCCUCGAUAUACAAAAGUUUGCUUCGGUUUUGCAUUAUCUCUACGGAGAUUUAUCAUAUUCUGAGGUCGAAGGAUAUGCCAGGAAAAUCCUUGACGAGAUCAAUCUUCCUUUGUACAAGCAGUACGACGAAGAUAAUGGCGAAAUACUGGAACAGCUAUACAACAGAAUCAAGUAUAUGCGACUCGAAGAUCACGGCCCGAAACUCGGAGAGGUCACGGAGGAAAAUCCUUUGACAGAGCCUUAUUUUACAAGAUUCACUGAUUCCAGUGGAAAAGAAUGGAGUCUAGCUAACAAUGGAUGGAUUUGGGGCGGUAACCCGCUUGUGGACUUUGCCUCGGAUGAGUCCAGGUGCUAUUUGCGUCGUGAGGUCAUUGUUUGGGGUGACUGCGUGAAAUUGCGGUAUGGAAGCGGACCUCAAGACUCGCCUGCACUUUGGUCCAGAAUGAUUGAGUACUCCAGGCUAUCGGCUUCUCUUUUCCAUGGAUUCAGAAUGGAUAAUUGUCAUUCGACUCCGCUGCAUGUUGCAGAAGCCCUGCUAGAUGCCGCUCGUGAGGUGAACCCAAACCUGUACGUGGUGGCAGAAUUGUUCACGGGUAACGAAGAGCUUGACAUUAUUUUUGUUGAGCGUCUUGGCAUCUCAUCCCUGAUUCGGGAGGCGAUGCAAGCGUACUCUGUCGGGGAACUGUCGCGGCUUGUCCAUCGGCACGGAGGUCCUCCAAUCGGCUCAUUCAAGUGGCUCCCAUUGGACGAGUUGGCCUAUCCUGUUCAUGAAGAAGACUACCACACUCGGCUGAGUGAGAGUUUUGCGAGAAAGAGUGAGAUUCCCAUCCCUGAAUCUGUUGUAUCCAAUGCUCCUCACGCUUUGUUCAUGGACUGCACUCAUGAUAAUGAAACGCCAAACGAAAAACGUACAGUUGAGGAUACGCUACCAAACGCUGCCCUGGUCUCUUUCUGCUCUUGUGCAGUGGGCACGACCUUUGGCUAUGAUGAGUGUUAUCCCAAACUGCUAGAUGUUGUCAAAGAAGACAAACUAUAUACAUAUGGCUCCGGAAUCGGUGAUGUGAAGACGAAACUCAACAAAAUCAGGCUAGAGCUUGCUAAUCAGAGCGUUGAGGAUUUGGAAAGCAACGAAAUGCAUGUGCACCAUGAGGACCAGUUUAUCACUGUUCACAGAACAAACGCCAAAACUGGCAAAGGCUACUUCCUCAUUGCCAGAACCAAAUUUUACCAAGACAGCGACCAGUCAUUAGCGCCUAUUGUCCUAAGUGGAACAAAAGUGGAGCAUCUUUUUGCAUACACUUUGGUCCGUACAGGUGAAGACCCAGUUUAUAAACAGGGCUACAUGAAGUCUGUUCCUGUGGAGCUUCAAGAGAUAGGUCCUAUAGAAGUGGAGAUGCGGGGCCAGGAUAGCCUGAUCAAACUACCAUCAAACUUUCCGCAAGGGUCCAUUGCAGUGUUGAGUACGACUAUACCUGGUUGCGAUUAUCAGCUGGAUCGGUUUGUCCGGUCUGGUGCUCUAGAAGCGGCCAAAAACCUGACGCUGCUGGAUAUUAAUGCCAUUCUGUAUCGAUGCGAAUCAGAAGAACGUGAUGCCAGUGCUGGAAGAGAAGGCAACUAUGACGUUCCUGGAUACGGACAUCUUGUUUAUGCUGGAAUCCAGGGCUGGAUAUCAGUUCUGAAACAUAUCAUCCGGAACAAUGACCUAGCUCAUCCUUUGUCGGACCAUCUUCGAUCGGGUACCUGGGCGUUGGACUAUAUUCCUUCUCGACUGACCAAGUAUGAGAGCUACGGAACAGCCGUUUCAGAAUUCAAGGUUUGGCUUGAGUCGCGUCUCUACGCGGUCAAGAAAGUGCCGUAUUUCCUUGUCCCUCGCUAUUUUGCCUUGGUGGUUGGCAUUGCCUAUGAAGCACUGAGAUUCCAAGCAUUGAGGCUGAUGACUCCAAGAAUCCAGAGAAGCACGCGGUUUGUUCAAAGUCUGGCCAUGGUUUCUGUUCAGAUGAUCGCAUACAUGCGAAGUGCCUCUAUUCAUCCCCAUACAAUUAUUCCGUCUAUGGCUGCUGGGCUGCCACAUUUUAGUUACGACUAUAUGAGAUGUUGGGGCAGAGAUAUAUUUAUUGCUCUGCGUGGAUUAUUGAUAGUCACAGGCCGGUUUGAUGAGGCCAAAGACCAUAUUUUGAGUUUUGCAAAGACACUCAAACACGGGCUGAUUCCAAACCUGCUUGGUUCGGGUAAAGAGCCACGGUAUAAUGCGCGGGAUGCGGCAUGGUGGUUUUUGGAGUCUAUUCAGAGCUAUAUCAAAUGGGCUCCAAACGGAGCUGAUAUUCUGGACUGCAAAGUGAAAAGGCGGUUCCCCUUGGACGAUACCUAUAUUCCUGUUGAUGACCCGUUAGCUUUUAGUUACGAAAGCACAAUCAGAGAAAUAAUAUACGAGAUAUUCAGUCGCCAUGCAGCUGGAAUCAAGUUUAGAGAGGCCAAUGCUGGCCCCCAGAUAGACUCACAGAUGAAGGAUGAAGGUUUCAAUGUUGAGAUCCAUGUUGAUUGGGAAACAGGUCUAGUUCACGGAGGCAACCAGUUCAACUGUGGAACGUGGAUGGAUAAAAUGGGCGAGAGCAGUCUCGCGGGCAAUAAAGGGUAUCCAGGAACUCCUCGAGAUGGAGCUGCAGUGGAAAUCAAUGCCUUGCUGAAGAGUGCACUGCGUUUUGUCAUUGAGUUACAAAAUAAGGGUCUAUUUGACUACAAAGAACUCAAGACCCAAAAGGGUGACACAGUUACUUUUGAGCACUGGAAUCAGCUGCUACAAGACAAUUUCGAAAAAUGUUACUAUAUCCCCGAGGACCCUGCUGAGGAUAGCAAGUUUGUGAUCAACCCAGAAAUUGUCAAUCGUCGUGGAAUUUACAAGGAUCUCUUUAGAUCUGGAAAGGAAUACGAGGAUUACCAGCUUCGUGGCAAUUUCCCUAUUGCCAUUGCAGUUGCACCAGAGUUAUUCACUCCCUCGCGCGCCUUGAAAGCUAUUCAGAUGGCCGAUCGUAUCUUGAGAGGACCUAUUGGACUGGCUACUUUGGAUCCAAGCGAUUACAAUUACCGGCCGUACUAUUUGAACAGCGUGGACUCCAUGGACUUUGCGACGGCCAAGGGACGCAACUACCACCAGGGUCCUGAAUGGUGCUGGAUUCUGGGAUACUUCAUGCGUGCUUUCCGGCAUGUUCACCUUUAUGAGCAUCCAGGAUGCUCUGACAACGGUAAUUCUACCCACUACAUGCACCAGUUGCUAUCCAAGAGGCUUUCUGGCCACAAAAAGUGGAUCGACGAGAGUGUCUGGGCAGGACUGACCGAGUUGACACAGAAAAAUGGAGAGUUCUGUGGCGAUUCGAGCCCCACUCAGGCAUGGAGUGCCUCCUGUCUCCUAGAUCUUUACUUUGAUGGUUGGGAAGAGGAGAAUGUUAAAUAA